AUACUUUUGGUUGUGUCACAUAUCUAUAAGGCGUACAAAUGUAUAUUUUUUUUAACAUAUGUCAAUGAUAAAACGAAAAAAGAAAAAUAAUAGUCUAUCUCAUAGAGAACUGUAAAAAGUAUUUGUGUUGCAUUUUCUUAUCUCAUUAUUAAAUGUAUUUCUUAUCUUAAGAGAAAAUUACUAAGUCAUUCAGUUUUCAACAGCAAAUGGUGGCAAACAUGGAUAAUUAGACAUGUUCUAAUGAAAAUUCAGUUUAAAAAUUCCUGCUUAAUAAAACUUUAACUACGGAAAGUUUUGGCAGUGAAUGUUUCAUAAGAAGAGGAAGAAGAAAUCUUGACAUUUGACAGUUAGCUGAUUUGGGCGAGCAGUAUAGAACUGAUUUUGUCGAUUUUUUCUUCAAAGGAACUAUUUACUGAAAAUUGAGAAAUGUUGUCAAGAACCGCUUUACUUUCAGUUCAACGUCCUUUGGGUGUUCUAGCUAUGAGAUCAGCUAGUGCGGCCGGUUCAGGUGAUCAAGUUGUUCGCCGGGAGCGUCCGGAACAUCCUGGCAAAGUUCGUUUAGGUUUCAUUCCAGAAGAGUGGUUCCAGUUUUUCUACAAUAAAACUGGUGUCACUGGCCCAUACACUUUUGGUGUUGGUCUGCUUACCUACCUAUGUUCCAAAGAAAUUUACGUUAUGGAGCAUGAAUACUACAGUGGAUUGUCUCUGGCCAUUAUGGCAAUUGUUGCUGUAAAGAAACUUGGACCAACUGUCGCUGCAUGGACGGAUAAGGAAAUCGACAGAAUCGAAAAUGAAUGGAAAUCCGGCCGGGAAGAGGAACUGCAAAAUCUUGCUGAUGCUAUCGAAGCCGAAAAAAAGGAACAAUGGCGUGCUGAAGGUGCUUUAUUGCUUAUGGAUGCUAAGAAAGAAAACAUAGCAUUACAAUUGGAGGCCGCAUUCCGUGAACGCGCCAUGAAUGUUUACAAUGAGGUAAAACGUCGUCUGGAUUACCAAGUCGAAUGCCGUCAUAUUGAUCGCCGUAUUAACCAAAAACACAUGGUGAACUGGAUUGUAAACAAUGUUCUUGGUUCAAUCACUCCUCAGCAAGAAAAGGAAACUCUUGACAAAUGCAUCGCUGAUUUAAGCGCUCUUGCUGUUCGCGCCAAAUAGAUUGUUUGUUUAUAAUUUAAAAUAUAUUUUGAAAGAAAAACGAAUGUAUAAUUUAAUAUUAAAAUUGUGAAGAACAAUUACAACAAUUUUCUUCUUUAAAUAUAAAUCCUGCAUUGACUGCACUCAGAAAGGAAAGGUUAUUUAAGAUUAUUAUAAAUAAUCAGGUAGAGACGACAAUAUAUACUGUAAAAGUUAUUUUCAAAUAUUGGAUAUAUUUAGAGAACUAGUAAAGUGUCAUAGUACUUCUGGAUCAUCCGACAUGUUAUGAAGUCGAAGAGAGCUCUCAUUUAAUUUGAAUGCUGUAAAAUAAGAAGUCAAAAAAUUAUGAUUUAAAUAAAAUCUAAAAUUGACAUUAAGAUAUUUAAUCAUUAUUUAUAUCACGGCGAAAUUAAUUUAUGAAUACAAAUUAAAGUUUUCAUUUUUAAGAAUGUGUAUCAGCCUAACAGUAUAAAAUAAAACCAAUUCACCAUAGCAAUAAAAUUUUCAACAUUAAAAAUGCAACUAUGUAAUCGAUCAGAGAGGCAUCCCUUUUAUCUGCCAAAGUCUCGGUUCGGCUACUCAUACGUGUCGUUUUCUUGUGUCGUUGUGUCGCUCUCAACGUGUUCAUUUUGUUUUCUUUGGCAAAAAAGGUAAAAAUAAUUAUUAACUGAAAAUAUCGUAAACUGUGAAAUUUGAACGGAAAACUUAGAUUUCUUAGAAAGAUCAAACUAAAACUAAUAAAACAGCUGCUUUGCAACAAAACCAAAACAGUCCUAAAAAGAUGGCCCCACCACAAAGGAUGCGUGUCGCCAAUGAAAAGGCUAGCAAAUACGUGACCAUGCGAGGCAACGUACCUAAGUCAUCGAAAUCCAAAGAUAAUCAAUACCCUGUCGGACCUUGGCUUUUGGCACUGUUUAUAUUCGUGGUUUGCGGUUCUGCUAUUUUUCAAAUAAUCCAGUCUAUUCGAGCAGCGUAAAACUACAAACACAAACUAAAAUAGAUCUUUAAUUUAAAAUGCAAUGAAUAUUCUUCCGAAAUCCAAUCAUAAAUAAUUGCCAUAGUUUUAAAAAGUUAAAUGAUUUCAAAUAAUAGUUUAUUCUUAUGUGCUUGAAGUCUGAAAGGAUUUAUUUAUAUGUUGAAAAUUAUAAACAUUGAGGAAUUAAAUGUAUUAUUUAGUACUUUCAAGUUUAAAACGUAUAAAUUCAUUUUCGAAAGCAUUCCUUCUUGGUGAUUAUUGUGAUUGGUUGGUUUUUCUCGAGCAACAUAUUGUACUGUAAGCUCGGUAUUUAACAUAAAACUUAAAAUUUAAAUUGAUUUACGUAAUUUUGUAUAGAAAUGAUAAUAUAUUAAUUUUUUACUUCUUACAAAUG